AGUAGAUGAAGACGACAUCCGGCGGAAGUAAAACACAAUGCGCUAACAGCGUUAGCUUAUAAGUGUCUUUGUGUUUAUCGUCGGUUAAAAAACGAUUUUUGCUUUGUUGGCUUAAUGUUUUAGUGUCUACAGUAAAAUAACUUCGGUUAAUCAUCUGAGAGAAUUCAUAAGAGAUCGACUAACUGCUGCUGCCGGAGAAAUAUUCAUCUAUAUCGAUCCUCAGCUCAGACUGCUGGAUACAACUGGAAACUCCAAGUCAUCUCGGAACCUCCCUGUUUUCCACGGCAUCAUGUCUGUUACUUCAGAGGUUCCGGUUGAUGAUCUUCUCAUUAACAAAGAGAGACGGAUAAAAGAGGAAGGGGAGGAACCAGAACCACGGCCAAAUAAAGCAGAAACAAUCCAGCUGUGGGUCGUUCAGGAUGACGGACAGCUCAUCUUGAAGCGGGAGACCAGCACCUCUACAGCAACUCGUGUUUAUGAAGAAAUGUGCCACAAAGAACCAGAACUGGACCAGGUGAUGAAGACAAAAGAGGAACCAGAACCUGUAGAGAUUAAAAAGGAACCAGAAGAUCCAGAACCUGUGAAGAUUAAAGAGGAAGAGGAGGAUUGCAAUCAGGUUAAAUAUCAUCUUGUAGUGAAGGAGGAGCCUGAAUCCUUUAUGGUGACUCCAACUAAUGAUCAAAAUCACAACAGUGAACCAGAACCAGACAAGAACCAGCCUGAAGAUGGAAGCAACCAGAACGACUCAGGAUCCAGUAGAAAUCAUGACGACAGUGUGGACAUUUCAGAACUACAAGGGCAAAAAUCAGAUUUUCACCAGUGUAACAUUUGUGGUAAACGUUUCACUAAGCCUUACUACUUAACUGCUCACUUGAAAACCCACAUGAAGGAUAAGCCGUAUUGUAAAAUAUGUGAUAAAUAUUUUACCAGGCGGUCGUACUUGACGGUUCACAUGAGGAACCACUCAGACGGACCUGUGCAGAAACUAUUUCCUUGUGAGAUUUGUGAAAAGUCGUUCAAACGGAGCAGUCAUUUAGCUUCUCACCUCAGAACUCACACAGGUGAAAAGCAGCUGCCUUGUAAUAUGUGUGAUAAAUCUUUUACAAAGAGAAGUAAUUUAUUAUCUCAUCUCAGAACUCACACAGGCGAACAGCCAUAUCAUUGUGAACUUUGUGAUAGAUCUUUUAAACAUGGUAGCAACUUGUUGCGUCACCUCAGAACUCACACAGGGGAGAAGCCAUACCUCUGUGAACUGUGUGACAGAUCUUUCACACAGAAAGCCUGUUUAGACGAUCACCUGAGAACUCACACCCGGGAGAGACCGUUUAGUUGUGGGUCCUGUGAUAAAUCUUUCAUACAUCAUAGUGAUCUGACCUGCCAUAUGAGAAUUCACACAGGUGAGAAACCAUAUUCUUGUAAGCAUUGUGAUCAAACUUUCAGAUGGAGAAAAAGUUUAGUUCUUCACCUUAAAACUCAUACAGACGAGACUGACAAAAAACCUUAGCUAGCUGCUGCUAAACAGCCAGUACUUGCUAACUCUGCUAAAAGUGUCCACCCCAUUACUCCUCUGGUUGCUUGUGAAGGAAUUAGCAGCUAUAGAAUAAUGUGAGGAAAAGUGAACAGACGGCGAAUCUGAUUGGAUCCAUGUAUUUAGUGUAAAAAAUAAUGUUAGAACAAAGUGAUCUGUGAUUCUUUCCCCAGUGGGAACAUUUCUGAGCAGUGGCUGCUUUCAAAGCCUUAGGAAGAACCUGGUGAAACUGGUUUUUCAUCAAAACUAUGACAGUAGAGCACAUCAGUCACACAGGCUCCUGUAGAUAUACACUUAAUGAUUUGUCAAAUUUUGGAACAGCUUUUCUAAAUCAAGGUUAAAAUCCCUUUUGUUUUAUUAAUACAAACUGGAAAAUAGAUUUAUUUUAGUAUUUAUUACAAUAUGUUGUGAUUUGAAUGAAGAUGUAUAAUGUUUUGUUUUCAUCCUCACCUGUCUUCCCUUUUCAUGCUUCAUGUUUAUUUGGGACUUAAAAUCGAGCUGAAUUUCUUUAAAGAGUAAAAAUAUUUGUGUCCAAUCUGUCUGCUUUUUUUUUUUUUUUUUUCACUUUUUUUCCUUCUAGUGAGGAAAAACUACAGCAAAAGGUCUUACAAAUAUUUCCAAAAUUAGUGAUUUUGAUUGCAAAAAUUUACAAAAACAAUUGUAAAAUCCCAGAGACACUGAUUCUAGUUCAUCACUGCUUUCCAUCUUUCCUUUGUUGCAAUGGUUGGACCCGAUUGUAAUGCACUUAUUUAGAGAUAAACAUUAAUAUGUGAUGAAUUUAUGCUUCUUGUAUUAUGGAUUUUUUUUGCAGAAUUUAAGAACUUCUUAAUCCAGUGCAGUAAGAAACAUGAAUUUUUAGCU